AUGUUUAUGGAAAAAUUGAAGUAUUACGAACGUUUUCGUCCACAACCAAUAUCAUUACAAAUGUAUUUGGGUUUCGGACAAAAGGGAACUGUGGAAAUGUCAUUCAAAUUUUUGCAAAAGGAACUUCUUGUUCGUUUAGCUAAUAUUACAAAGGAAAUUGAUUUAUUAUUUCAAAACCUACCACAGAUAUCUGCUACUAGCGACAUACAUAGAUUGUAUUGUCAAAGUUUUGAAGAUUUAUUACCGUUUGAAAAUGUUGAGCCGACCGAUGAUAAUAUUAGUUCGUUUAACGAAAAGUUGGAAAAAGUGAUAUUAAGACAUGAAAAUACCAUCGAAGAAAUGGCGGAAGGCAUUACUCAGUUACGGCAAAAAUAUGGCAUGAAUAUAAUGUCAAAUAAUAAAAUCCAGUAUUCCUUGGACCGAUUUUAUUUUAAUACGAUAUCUAUACGAAUCUUGGAACAUCAACACUUGAUAGUUUUUGGAACAUCACUUCCAGCAAGUCCUCGACACAUAGGCUGCAUUGAUCCAGCAUGUGAUGUUGCUACAGUUAUUGUAGACGCCUAUGAUGGCGCUCGAUUCAUUUGUGAUGGAUGUUAUUGUGAUACGCCUAAAUUGCAAUUCGAUUCUUAUAAUUCGAUUACACCUGGACAUCCGAUAGCAGUUGCAGCCAUACCAUCAUAUUUGUACCAUAUCAUGUUUGAAUUAUUCAAGAACUCGAUGCGCGCUACCAUUGAUCGUUACGGUGAAUUCGAAAAACUUCCUCCAAUUCAAGUACUGGCAACAUUGGGUGAAGAGGAUUUGACAGUUAGGGUGAGUGACAGCGGUAGUGGCAUUUCUCGAAGAAAAAUGGAUCAGCUGUUCCGUUAUAGCUACUCAACCGCACCAUCACCAGAAACUGGUGAUCGCAAUGCAGCAUUGGCAGGAUAUGGUUAUGGCCUUCCUCUUUCUCGGUUAUACGCCCGUUAUUUUCACGGAGAUUUAAUGAUUAGUUCAAUGGAAGGCUACGGAACCGAAGCAUUUUUGUACAUUAAAGCAGUGCCAUUUAAAGUCAGCGAAGCAAGCCCAAGAUAUAGUACAUCAUCACGAAACGAUUCUUCCUCUUCAUCUAAUGUUUCUCAGCCAUAG